AUGAAAAACCCUCAUUCCAACCACCGCCUCCACCGAAGAAGAGACGAGAUAGACAAAUCGUCAUCACUCUUCACUUACCAAACCGGUGUCGGCGGUGGUAAAGCUAGGGUUCCGGGAUUGGGCCUCCGGUGUAAAUGUUGCGAUUUUGGUUGUUCUAAAGAGAUUUUUCUGUUGAAAUUGGGAGCUCCAUCUACAUUCAUCACAAUCUUUGCAGAUAACAUUUCCAAGUGGGAGGAACGUGUAUGCAUAAACAGUGGAAGAAAGUUUUACAAACCAAAAGUUAGUGGAUCUCUUACACCUGCUGUUGGAAUGCUUUUUAAGUCAUUUGAUGAGACAUUUGCAUUUUAUCAGAGAUAUGCACUUGCUGCAGGUUUUUCUGCAAGAAAAAAUACCUCUUGGAAAAAUGUUGGCGGUUUAGUAAAAAUAAGAUAUAUUGUCUGUUCAAAAGAAGGAUUUCAUGUUCCCAAAGCAAUAGAUUCUGGUUCAGUUGAGAAUAGUAAAAAGAUUGUUAGACGUAAUAGAGGUUCAAAAAGAGUUGGAUGCAAUGCUCAUGUGAAACUAAUAUUAGAGGACAAUAAUAUGUUUAAACUCUACUUCUUUGAACAAGAACAUAAUCAUAUCUUUGUUGAAGAUGAAGAUAUUCAUUUCUUGCCGGCUGCCAGAAGUAUCGAUUAUGUGAAAGAAAGUUUUAUAUCUGGAUUGUCUGCAAUCAAUAUUGGACCUGUUAAAACAUUCAAUAUUAUGAAAAAAAAUUAUGGUGGUUUUGGUGAAGUUGGAGCUAGUAAAGUUGAUUGUAAGAAUUAUAGAAGGGAUUUGAAUCUUUACAUCGGAGAGUAUGAUGCAGAAAUGGUAGUUAGGCGCCUUAUUAGGAAGAAAGAAUGUUGUUCUGGUUUCACAUGUGAUUAUGUUAUUGGUGAAGAUAGAAGACUGAGAGGGCUUUUCUGGGCUGAUGAGGAAUCAAAAAAAAAUUAUACAGUGUUUGGUGACAUAUUUGGUUUUGAUGCUACUUAUAAAUCAAACAAGUAUGAUUUGGUUUUUGUACCAUUUACUGGUAUUGAUAAUCAUUUUAGGAAUGUCACAUUUGGUGGUGCAUUACUUGGUUCGGAGACUGCAGAUUCGUAUAGAUGGCUUUUAAGAUGCUUUGUUAAUGCUUUUGGAAGUGAGCCUAAAGUUGUUGUUACUGAUCAAGAUGCUGCAAUGAAGAGAGCUAUUAAGGAUGUACUUCCAAGAAGUAGGCAUAGGUUAUGUAUGUGGCAUAUAUGGGAGAAAUUGAAGACAAAGGUUGGUCCUGUUUUGUCAGCAAACACUGAUUUUAAUACAAGAAUGACUCGUGUUGUUUGGAAUGAUACUAUUAUUCCAGAAGAUUUUGAAACUGAGUGGCAUUCAAUAAUGUCUACUUUUGGAUUGGAAAAUCAUGAGUGGUUAAAAGACAUGUACGAUCUUCGAUUUGAUUGGAUUCCUGCUUAUUACCAUGGAGAGGAUUUGGCUGGGCUUAUGCGUACUACCUCAAGAUGUGAAAGCGAGAAUUACUUCUUUGGUCAGAUUUGCAAUCCAAGAUGUACACUUGUUGAAUUUUUCACUCAUUUUGAGACAGCAAUGGAUAUUCAAAGGCAUGAGCAUAGGAGGAAUGAUCAUGAUACAAGCAUCAGAAAUAUACACCCAAACAAUUUUUAA